AAAUGUCACCAUUUAAUAUAAAGUUGAUGGUGUUGCAUUGGAGUUCUCUUAUGCUGAGAUUUGAAGUUGGUAAUAGAAUGAGCCUAUCCUUUUAAAGUGAGAAUGUCUUGCUUCUGCUUCUUCAAUUUGAAGAAAUUUAAGUUGGGCAUGUUUCCUAAUCAACCGAAACUGGUGUUAUGAUGCGACUGUGGACAUGGAUUCUGUAACCUUGAUGAGAGAGAGAGAGAGAGAGAGAGAGAGAGAGAGAGAGAGAGAGAGAGAGAGAGAGAGACUAUCAUCUUCCUUAGUGAAUAUCAUCUUCUAUUCAGUAUGCAUUUUCUUCCUUUUCUUCUUCUUUAAGUUGUUGUCUAAUGAAUUCAAUGCCAUUAUCUUCUAUUCUUCUCUGUUUCUUUUUUCUUUUUACUUUUUGGUUGGAGAUACUAUACACACACAAUGCUUGGACUGCAUGGUUGGAGGGUUCAACUGUUUGGGAUUUCAGUUUGUACAAGUGGGGUCAUGGUUCAAUGAUCCAAAGCCCAAACCACUUAAACCAUAGACAUGAUGAACCUCACCCUGGAUGGCCGAUGCAUUAAAAUUUGUCAGAUUGGAAAAUCGUAGCAAUAGGUUUUUUGAUCUUUUUUCCAGUUGAAUCAGAGACAUUACUGUAUAUUUUUUCUUAACCAUUUUUUUUUUCUGAACCAUAGCUCUUCUUCUCCAUUCAACUGUUUCGGUUUUCAUGACUUUUCCAUUAAAACCCAUCAAUGUAACUCCUAUGUCAUUUCUACAUUUUGGAACCUUAAGGGACUGAGUAUACCAUUCAUAUAUGCAUUUGCUGCCCACACUCCUAUAUAAAUUUGUCUAAAAUUAGCAAAAGAUAGUUUAACCCAGGAGAAUCUGUAAAUUCUUCACUCUUCACUUUCUCAGAUACUUCCCUUUUUCUUUUAUUUUCUUUAAGGUUAACUGCAUUAGUAAAACAAGGGGAUUAGAGGAUCUUAGAUGCAUUAUAUUUACUAAAAAUGGACUGUGUGAUGUUGUAAUCAGGUAUUUUCUUACCAUGCAGGGUUGCUAUUUUAUGGAAAAUUCCAAAGCAUCUAUUCCUUGGAGGAUGAUGACAAAUUGCUCUCUAAGUCUUGGACUCAUUUCCAAAAAUGGAUUGUGUGAUGAUGUAAUCGGGUUUGUUUUAUGGUUGUUUGUAUGUUGGUAGAUCAGGUUGAAUGUUGGAAUUCAUGUUCAACCUACGAGAUCAGGUGUAAGAAUGCAUGUAUAUGCCCAAUCUGUAAAAGGGUCAGUGGAGCGUGGCACGUUUAGAGUUAAAUGAGUCACGUUAGACUUGAUGAAUUUUAACUGAGCCUGUUGGGGGAGAGAGUAAUGGAUUCUGGGUUGGGUUUUGGUGGGAAUUUUUUAACUGAGCUAUCGGCAAUUAUCUUGUGCAGAUACCUUACACCUGAGUAUGCAGAGAAUGACAUAGUUUCUGUAAGGACAGAUGUUUAUUCAUUUGGAAUUGUUCUGUUGCAAUUGAUAUCAGGACACAAUGUGAUCAAUGAAAAUCAAGAAGAGCAAAGCCAGUCUCUACUUCAAUGGGUUCCUAAAACAGUUGUCCAGCAGAUAUUUUUGCUAAACAGACUUGAUGUGGAGCUUUGUAAGCAUGCUCAGGACAUCUUUGCACAGCAGUGGAAACAUCUUGCCGAGAAGUUGAUUAAAGUGUGUUACAUCUUUUAAGCAAACAGGUGGUACUCUUUGCUGGAUGUAUAUGUCGCCAUGGAUUAAUUGCUCAAAAAGGUU